CCAUUACGUCCAUCUGCUGGGCUGUUACAAUGGGUCAAGGGCCAAACCAAAUACGUCAGUGUGCAAGAUCUCACGUAUUUAAUCGCUGGUCCUAACCGGAAACCUGCAAAGCAUCCAGAAAGUCAAAUGGCUUACAAUAUUUCGCCCGAGGCCAACCCUAACCAAGGAUAUGGUAAUCUUUACGGGGGUGCAGGUGCUGGUGGAUCUGGAGAAAAUGAUCGUGGGUACAAGGAACCAACCAAGAAAUCGUCGGCAGUAGCGGGUGCUGGUGGUUACAAUUUUGGCACCAAGGGCUUUAUGAAAUCUUUACAAGGAGGUAUUGAACAAGUUGAAGAGUCUUUAAACGGUUACGCCAACACAGUCAGUGAAACCAUGACGGAAAGUGUAGAGGGGACUAAAAAGAGCAUGUAUGGAGCAGCAUUUAAAAGUAAAUUUGGAUUUUAA